AUGUUCGCCCUCUCAGUGGAUCCCCUUCAACCAGGCUGGUUCUCAGCCAAGUUCUACACAGUUGUUGGACACGAUGUACCUAAACGUCAAGUGCUUGACGGCUUCCUGCAGUGUGGUAAAACCUCCAAAAUUCGAGCAUCUCAUAAUGCCUCAACUCAGGUGGUACCUGCUUUACCCUCCAGCCCGGAAUCCCCUUCGUCGUCGCCCACCCUUUCAUCUUCCAAUCAGCAUAUCUUCGAGAGUGUGAAAAAGGUUAGAUUGAAAGAAGUAGUUGACGCUAAUCGGCAUGAAAGGGUGGGAGUACGCAUUGUUAGGUCCCACUCGGCAAGUCGGGAACUGUGUCGAACCUACACCAAAUCGCAACAAACAGCGACGUUUCUGGUGUACACACGAGAUCGUUGGUACCUCUGUCGACAGCGAUCCGGAUGUUCACCGAAGAUGAUAUGUGAGGUUAAUCGGAUGAUGUUCAAUAGCAGUACGCAGGUUCAAGAGGAUGAGAUCACAAGUUUGAGAGAUGUCGAAGUCCAAACUUUGGGAACUUAUGAAGAGGUUAUGAUAGACUACAAAAUUACAAAAUCGAAACGGAUGCAAAAUAGAGCUUGUGGUGAUGAUUCCAGUUGCACAACGGUGGUGACAGUGGAAGAUGUCGAUGUGGAAGGGGACAUGGAGACUUGUGAAGUGACUGUUGAGGCGGAUCGAAGGUCUGAACUAUCUCGGACAGCGUUCACAACGUCGGAGACACUGGAUCAAAUAACCACAGAUUCAGCAUUUUCAACGAAACCGAUGAAAGAAACGAAGAAUACUAGAAGGUUGCCCAGGAAGACACCGCGAAGCAACUGUCGGACCCGGCCGAGUGAAUCGAUGUGCGUGACUACAGACAGCACACUACGGAAAUACUCGGACGUGGAAUUUAAUAGUUCUUGUACUUGUACAGACUGUCAACUCGUGUUGGGGGGUGUACCGGCCCAUAUUUGCUGGGUAAUGUAUUCGGUCCUUAAGGAGGGUUCCCUUGAGAAGUGGUCUGACGGGAAGAAGGCGUUCUGUCCUGUUUACGCAAAACUACUUGGCAAUGGUUGCUUCCAAUGGUUUGAUUCCAAAAGCUCAUCCACUCCUAAACGUAGUUUGGAUGUAAAGGCUGUUUCGUCGUUUUUAGCCUUUGGACCUGUUCUGAACCAAGUCCCCUGCAAACCGUCUGCCUUUUCUGAAUCUGAUAUUGAACGAUCUUUCGGUGUUCCUCAUGAGGCAAACCAAAGAACAGCUGUCUCAUUUUUCAGAUGUUCAAGUCAAGCAGAAAUGGCUUCAUGGAUGGACUCAGUAAACCGUUUAUUAUUUGGCAAUAUGGCAACAAAUCCUGGGAUAACUCCACAGCAAACCUGUCCGGUUCAGUCCGGACCUUACCAGCCCUACGGACCUCCUGCUGGAGCUACUCCAUUUCAGCCCGCGAUGGCUGCUCCCCCACUACCUCCCGGCUUUGCUACCUAUCCAGGGCCCACCCAACCCCCUCCAUACGCACAACCACCAACGGCGCCGCCAAUGGGAGCACCUUAUUUGCAAUCACAACCGAUGCAACCAGCACCGGGCGCACCUUACGGUGCUUACCCAACCACCAGUCAACCCGUUGCGGGUUCAAGUUACAACUACUAUCCGCCGCCUCAACCACCAGCGCCUGGUCAGCAGCCGCAGGUCCUCUACGACAAGAAUGGCAAGCCCUAUACCAUUGUAUACAAGAAUGGAAAGCCCAAGAAGAAGAAGUGGAAGAAGGCCGCUGCUGGGAUCGCAGCCGGAGCGGCAACAGGUUAUGUGGCGGGUAAGAUGCUCGGUGGACUUGGUCGUGUUUUUGGCUACGGCCUCGGUGGGUGGGGCGGAGGCUGGGGACGUCCAUGCCACAGUGGCUGGGGCAGUUGGUCCUCGUUAAGCUCCUUCAGCAGCUCUGACUGA